AUGAGACCCAUGGCUUCCUCCUGGAACUGGAAGUUGCUUUCCCUCGUCUUCCUGCUGGCUAGCACGGCGGCGUGGGGCAUGGCCCACGCCCACGGCGGCGGGCUCAAGCACAUCCACCUGUACAUGCACGAGACCUUCACGGGCCCGAACGCCACGCUGUUUGCGGUGGUGCCGCCCCUGCUGGGCGUGGGCGACAACACCAGCAUGUUCGGGAUGGUCGGAGUGCUGGACGACGAGCUACGCGACGGCUCAGACCCGAGCAACUCAUCGCUGGUGGGGCGGUUCCAGUCCCUCUUCGCCUUCGCGGGGCUGGUGACGCCACCAGGCAUGCAGACGGCGACCAGCCUCGUGUUCACGGCCGGGGAGCACGCCGGGAGCACGCUGGUUAUGGUGGGCAGCAUCGUAAGCUCAGAGGGGCCCUACGAGACCGCCGUGGUGGGCGGCACCGGCGCCUUCAGGAUGGCGCGCGGGUACUGCGUUCUCAAGGCCGUGUGGAGCCCGACGCCGGUGUCCACCGUUUACGAGGUAAACCUGUUGGUGAAGAUGGAGGGAAAACUUUUGGCCAAGAUGGAUGCCUGGAAACGUACUACGUAUGCACUGUGA